AUGACUAAGUGCCUGCGCCUCUUACGCCAUUUGCCAUGGACCACGCAGCUGCGUCCUGCGCUCGUGCAGUUUCAAACCCGUCUCAAAUACACGCAGCAUCAAGGUGUCAAAGGAAUUCGCAAUCGCAAGAGCUUCUUUGAGGCACAAAUGCAAUCUGGACAGCAGGCGGAGAGUGAGCAGGAAACGGAUACGGGGAAUGGAACCGACACCCUUGAUAUGCGCUUCCUGGACGAUCGCGCGUACGAUGAAGUUGCAGGAGGCGCCAUGCGCAUUAGUCGCGAUGUGGCCACAGCACAGAAGGUGCUCAUCUUGCAGCCUUACGUAAAGUGGGCAGCUAAGCGGAACACUCCAGACGAUGUGAAGCCAAAUGAUCAGCUGACUGAAGCCACAGCAUUGAUACAUUCGCUGCCCAAUUGGAAGGUGGUGCGAGGUUUAAAGGUUCCCUUGGAGAGUCUGGAACGUAAGGCGCUCUUCGGCAGCGGCAAAAUGGCCGAGCUCAAGACCCUUGUGGCGGAACUGCGUCAGGAGCAGCAACUCACCUGUCUCUUUGUCAGCAAGGGAACGCUCUCCUUUGCCCAGAAACAUUUCCUUGAGGCAGAGUUUCGAUUGCCAGUGCUAGAUCGCUAUUCCGUUGUCAUACAAAUUCUGCGGCUGCAUGCCACAAGUGCAGAGGCCCGUCUCCAGGUGGCCAUGGCCGAGUUGCCUUACAUCUGGGCGCAGGCCAAAGAUGCAAGCAUGACCCAAACACGUCGACAAGGUUACUCACUGACUGAUUUGCAAAAGGAGAUACUGCGCAGCAGAGAACGCAAGCUGCGGGCGGAACUCGAUCGUGUUCGUCGCCAGCGUCAGUUGCUGCGCCAGAAGCGCAAGCAACAGAACUAUCCGAUAGCUGCUGUUGUGGGUUAUACUAAUGCCGGCAAGACAUCCUUGAUAAAGGCGCUGACCGUGGAGGAUUCGCUGCAGCCGCGUAAUCAAUUAUUUGCCACGCUUGAUGUCACAGCUCAUGGCGGUUUCCUGCCCUGUAAUCUGCAGCUGAUCUACAUGGACACUGUGGGUUUCAUGUCGGACUUGCCUACCAAUUUGUUCGAGUGCUUUGUGGCCACUCUAGAGGAUGCAAUGCUGGCGGACAUCAUCAUUCACGUGCAAGACUUGUCGCAUCCCUGCCAUGCAGCUCAGAGCGCUCAUGUGGAGUCCACGCUGCGUUCCCUAGCCUUCAGUAUAGCUGGUGGCGAUUCAACGGCCAGCCACAUGCCGCCUAUCAUCAACGUGUACAACAAAUGCGAUUUGGUGCCAGCUUCUGCAGAACCAACUGCUGCAGAGCAGGAAGGCAGCAGGCGGGCAGCUCAUCGCAUUUCGGCACGUGCACUAACUGGACUGGAUCCAUUGUUGCAGGACAUUGAACGUCAAGUGCUGGCAGUCACAGGACGCCGUAAGCUGCAAAUGCGAGUGCCAAAUGGAGGACCUGAAAUGGCUUGGUUGUAUAAGAAUGCGGCUGUUGUGUUUACCGAAGCGGAUGAGAAGAAUCCCGAGAGAUUGCUGAUGCAGGUGGUCAUCUGCCAACGGACCUUGGAACAGUUUAAGCGACAGUUUUGCUAGCUAAAUUGAUACAAAGUUAAUCGACCUCUUGCCUGAGCAACAUUAUCAGUUUUUAUUGUAAUUGAUUUUACACGUUGAGCGCAACUGGCACUAAAUAUACAUAUGCUUUAUUAUUGUUAAUAUUAGUUUUUGUUACUUCAUAUAGUGUAUAUAAAUUAGUGUAUUGGUGUUAUUUCUCUAUAGUAUACAUAUAUAAAAUUAGCUACAAAAAUAGUACGAUUAAAAAACAAACAAAAACGUAAACAAAAAACAAUAUUGCACUAUUUAUUUUCAUUUGUUGCUAGACUUGUGUUUGUGUGUUCUGCUUUCUUUGCGGUUUUACUUAGGAAAUUCCCUCUGUUUGUUCAAUGUAUUAUAAAAAUAUUGAGAAUGUACCGACUUAUUAACUAUGGACUACAACUAGAACUCUUGCUAAUUUAAAAUUCCAAGUACAAAUUUAUUGGCACUUGUAUCGACUGAAGGUUUUCCAUAGAAUAACCGUAACGAGAAUAUUAAAACACAGGAACUGUUCUAAAUGAGAGAAAUAUAGGUGUUAAAUUAAAUUGAGCGCAGAUUUCUAAACUAAUACUGCUUGAAAUUCAAAAAAUUAUGUACAGUAUAAUGUCGAUAAUGGCAAAGUCAUGUUUGUUACAUAAAAUG